AUAUUUGAGCGAAUUCUAAGUCGGAAGAAAUCCAAAUUUGUCACGAAUCUGAUGGUAUAUGUAUUCCCUGUUAAUCCAAAUUUCUCACGAAUCAGAUGGUAUCCGUAUUCCCUGUUGUUCCCUCUCCGAAUUCGACCCCGCCGCUAAACCCCGCACCGGUUGCCGAGGCGUCUCCCGCUCCAGCUCCGACUCUCACGCGACUAGGGUUCUGUGCGUCCACUUCCCCGUCGGCGCAAUGGAGGUCGGGGGUCAAGAAGUGAAGCCAGGAGCCACGGUUUCUUGCAAAGUUGGUGAUGGCUUGGUUAUCCACCUUUCACAGGCUGCACUGGGGGAAUCAAAGAAAGCGAGUGAGAAUGCCAUUUUGUCUGUUAAUAUUGAUGAUAAGAAACUAGUGCUUGGAACCUUAUCAGUUGAGAAGCAUCCUCAGAUCUCUUGUGAUCUUGUAUUUGAUAAGGAUUUUGAGCUACCACACAAUUCAAAAACACGUAGCGUUUUCUUCCGUGGCUACAAGUCCCCUGUUCCUCUGUUUGAGUCUAAUUCUGGUGAAGAUAGUUCCGAUGAAGAGCUAAAAACCGAUCAAAUUCCAUUGCAGAAUAAUGAAAUUAAAAUUUCUGCGGCAAAGGUUCCUGCGAAGGAUGAUGAUGAUGAUGUUUUCAUUAUUCUAGCGAUGAUGAUGAUGAUUUAUAGCAGUGAUGAUGAUGAUGAUGAUUUCACUACUAGUGAUAGUGAUAAUGAAAUGUCUGAGGAAGAUGACUCCAGUGAUGAAGAUGAAAUGUCUGAGGAAGAUGACUCCAGUGAUGAAGAUGAAAUGUCAGGUGGUGCUGAUCCUAGUGAUGAUUCCAGUGAUGAAUCUGGUUCAGAACAUACUUCUGCCCCAAAGAAGACUGAUGUAGUAGUUGGCAAGAAGAGAGCAAUCAAAGCUGAGGCACCUUAUGGUAAGAAGGCUAAGUCUGAACAAUCUUCUCAGAAAACAGGUGAGCUACUACUUUUAUGUUCUUAUAAAGCCCAACUAAAAACAGGUGAGCUACUACUUUUAUGUAGACUAUCUUCAGUAGACGACCAUAUCUCACUCUCUAUUUCAAACUUCACUCUGCAAACAGUGCAAUCUACAGUAUAAAACAAUAUUUUACACGGCCUGCUGGAGAUGGCCUUAAAGCCCAACUAAUGGAUGUGUAACGUUAACAUGUGAAUUGAACUCUUUUUUGUCCUUACAAAGACCACUCUUUUUAUGUUCUUAUAAAGCCCAAACUCUAAGGGAUGUGUAAGGUUAACAUGUGAAUGUUUAACUAUAUUUUCGUUUACCUAAGGUGACAAGGCUUCAACUUCUCAUCCUGCAAAGCAGUCCAUCAAGACUCCUGCAGACAAAUCUAGGAAGACCCCCACAGCUGACAAGAAAUCCCCCAAAUCUGGGAGCCAUGGCUGCAAGUAA